AAGCAAGGCUACAGCGCGCUAGACGCAUCCAGAUCUGCACGUCUUGCCAGCCCCAGGUGCUUUUAAUUGCGCGAAAUAUACAAAGGUUCUACUGUUUUCGGAUGAUACGGCAGGGUGUCGUAUUGAGACGAAAAAAAAAUAGUUGCGAUAGACAACGGACGGCAGUUUUUGAGGCAUAAGUACGCUUGCCUUGCCUGCCCUCUGGGGAAAUUCCUUUUUUAUCAAUCUAUUUGCUACAGCUUUCCCCACCAAAAACGCACUGUAAGAUCGCAAGCAUGGUCAAAGCUACCGCUGCUGCUCUGCUAGCUGUGGCUGGCAUUACUGCCAACGCCGCCGACAUCGCCAAGAUUUCGGGUCUCUGGGGCGAGCUUUCCACGUACAAGGAUAACGCCGCCGAUGCUUUUGGCGUCCAAUAUGUUGGCUUGCCCGACGGGUGCCAAGUAGAAUCCGUGAGCACACUGCAGCGCCAUGCGCAGCGCUUCCCCGACAGUGUCGAUGGCAAAGUCACCGGCGGCUUUGCCGAGAAGCUGGCCAAUUUCACCAAGGCGAACAAGAAUCCCGGAUUUACAGGCCCUCUUGCGUUCCUCAACACCAACUCGUACAUUAUGAAUGGGACGGGCUUGCUGACCGGCAUCGGGGCGACGACUGAGUUUGCGCGUGGUGUGGCGUUCUGGAACCAGUAUGGAAGGACGCUUUUCAACGCCUCUGUAAGCCAGCUGCAGUAUGACUCUGUGUUUGCCAGCAACGGAAGCACGCGGCCCAAGGUGACGCUGCGCACGACGGGCCAAUCGCGCAUCGAGAACAGCCAAAUCAACUGGGCACUUGGAUUCUUCGGGCCGUCGUUCAACUCGACACCGUACCCUGAGCUCACGCAGUGGACAAGCCCGUUUGACGUGGUCAUUAUCCCCGAGGGCGGCACGGAGAACAACACGCUCGCAUCGUACGACAGCUGCACCAACGACAACAGCGACGACAAUGGGCUCAUUGCUAGCCGCCACCAAGAUGCCUACAAGAAGAUUUAUCUGCGGUCCGCGGUCAAGCGGCUACAGGCCCAUGCACCGCAGGGUUUCAACUUUACUGUUGAUGAUCUGUAUGCAAUGCAAAUGACGUGUGCUUACGAGCAUGGAUACAUUGGCAUGUCGGACUUUUGCAAUGCCUUUACCGAGCACGAAUGGGCAGGCUUUGAGAAUGUGCUCGAUCUUCAGUACUACUACCUCUACGGCUAUGGCAACCCGACAGGCCGUGCUCAGGGUAUUGGCUAUCUGCAGGAGUUGAUUGCGCGUCUGCAGGGGACGUACAUUACGUCGUCCAACUCAUCGGUCAACUCGACCUACGACAACAACGGCAAGACGUUCCCGCUGCACCAGGACAUCUACGCGGACUUUUCGCACGAUGACAUCAUCAUCUCCGCGUUGACAGCCAUGUCCAUGGACUACUUUAAGGAUGCGCCCACGCUGGCCAAGUUCCCACCCAGCACCGAUGGCCACUUUGUGCUGUCGCGCUUGACGCCAUUUGGCGCGAAUCUGAUUACCGAAGUAAUUGGGUGUGCCAGCAAGGACCCCGAGGCCGAGUUGCACCCGCGCGUGCAAUACACGCCGACGCAGCACGGAUACGACGCGGGCAAUGCGGCGCACAAGUUCAUCCGGAUGCGCCUCAACAGCGGCAUUUUGCCUCUGAACUCUAUCCGCGGUGGAGCAUGCGGCGAUCAUACGACGGGGCGUCUGGAUGGGCUGUGCGAGAUGUCGGCGUUCCUGAAGAGCCAGGAGAAGGCGUACGAACUGAGUAACUACAACUAUGCGUGCUUUGGAAACUACACGCUGCCUAGUGGCGGCAAUUCGACUAACAAGGCGAUUGACUAUGAUGGCACGAUUGUGCAGGGCAAGCAAUACUAAGCGUAGUUAGUUAGUGCAGCGCUUUGUACCUACUGUAGUUAGCUAGCUACUGCACUUAAUUUCACCUCCUCUCCGAGUAUUCCGAUUCACCGCAAAUAACAGAAAAAAAAAAGACGGCCAACUUGCAUUCCGGACCCCUGGUACUGCAGCGUAGCAUUGUAAUUGAGCCUCAUAAAACUGGGGAUAUGUGUGCAGGAUGACUGUAUCCCAAGAAACGUGGGAAUAAUACUGCAUAUGGUGGAAAACGCCAUCUUUUAACUACAUCCGGCACGUAAGCGAAGUGAUAGAUGACAGCCCCCCAGCCCAACGGUUGAGCUAACUGCUGGCUGUUUGUUUGCUGCUGCUGCUGACAUCUGCUCCGACUCCGGGAACUCGUACGUCUUGGCUAGCGCUAGUACCAAG